AUGCUGCCGGGGUCCAUCCAGAUCUCCGGUGAGACGCUGUCGGGCGCGGAGAUCCGGGACAUCUGCGACAGCCUGCGGGAGAACUCGGUGCGGCUGCUGUCGCUGCGCGGCUGCCAGCUCUCGGAGCGAGACUUCGGGCACGUCUGCCGCGGGGCGGCCGAGUCCCGCUCCCUCGCCCAGCUCAACCUCAACCUGGGCAUCGUCUCCAACAUCAACCGCGUCAAGCAGCUGGCCGAGGCCCUCAAGACCAACCGCUCCGUCCAGUCCCUCUUCCUCCAUGGCAGUCCCCUGACAGAUGCAGGCUUGGCCCUCCUCAACCCUGCGCUCUCCAUCCAUCCCUCACUGGUGGCUCUGGAUCUGGGAGACUGCAUGCUGGGGGACGAAGGCAUCAACCUUAUCUGUGGGCUCCUGCCACCCGAUGGGGCUAAGUCAGGCCUCAAAGAGCUAACGCUGAGCGCCAACCCAGGCGUCACAAGCAAAGGCUGGGGACGCCUGGCCAUUGCGGUGGCUCACAGCUCCCAGCUCCGAGUGUUGAACCUGGACUACAACCCCUUGGGUGACCAGGUAGCAGGGAUGCUCGCUGUCGCUGUGGCCUCCAGUCGAACCCUUGAAGUUCUGGAUUUGGAGGGAACAGGACUUACCAACCAGUCAGCCCAGACCUUGCUGGACAUGGUAGAGAAUUACCCCACAGCCCUACGAACACUCAUCCUGGCGGAGAACAACAUUAGUCCUGAGCUGCAGCAGCAGAUCUCUGACCUGCUCUCGGAGGGCGAGGAAGAGGAGGAAACGGAGGCUCGUGAAGUCACGGCCAGGGAGAAGAACCCCUGGAUCUGCCAGAACACUCCCAGCUCCCAGAUGGUCCUGAUGACGUCGGGACUCGGUGACAGCCUCUUAGCAGAAACAGAGAUGUAGCUGGGCUACCCUGCCUGCUUCUGCCAAGGAGAGCGCCGCAUGCGUGGCCGGCGUUCGCACCAUGCACGCCGGGGGAGCGCGCACCCACCAGUCCCCGUGCCUCCGGUGAGCUGCCCCGAGGGUCUUCUCGCACAUUUCACGUCCCGUCAAUGCUCCCUCAGCUCUCUGAGCGCCGGAGCCCGGUCCGAGUGACUCUCCACACGCGUCUCUGUGUUGUCACACGCCCCGUCGGCCGCUUGUGAUUGUCCAGUCGCUGCAUGUGUAGCUCACGCUGCCCUGCCUCUCUCCCACGCCUCGCUGCGCCCCGCAGGGUGCAGGCUGUAUUUAUUCAGAUGUGUAUAAGAGAUAGUCUUUCUAGUGCUUGUCCUGCUGUCG